AUGAUGACAAACCGGCAUGUGAGGAAGCUGAGGGAAGAACAUUCACAGCUGCUGGGGGAGAAAAUGGUGAAAGAAGCCGUGAGAAGAACGAAGACGGGUGUGAGGAGCAUGAAGGUAGAGAUGGCGUGCGACUGGGGGCAAGGAGACCUACGGGUAGGAGGAUGGGAAGGUUCAGUGUGGGAUAAAGCCCAGGAGCAGGAGGAAGCAGAGAGUGAGAGCAAGGAAAUGGGGGCAUGGGAGUGUCCGCCUGCAGGGGAAGAAGUAGGGCAUACAAUGGGAGUCCUGUUCCUCUAUAUCCUUCCAAUCUCCAUUCACUUGCCGGGUUGCGUUUUGAUGUGGCGUUCGCGUGCAGUGAGGGAUCUUUUCAAGAUGUGCGACGACGUGCUUAUAUCUCCGGAAGACAUGCUCCACAUGCUGCUCGUGCCGCUCGUUGCGCAGCACAUCCCCGGCUUCAACGCCACCUUCACCGACACUGCGUGCUACUCGGGUCCCCCAGUGAUCCCGGUCCUCCCGCUCUGCUGCGACCCGCUCACCAUCCCCGCCACCUGCCUGCCCGGUGCGGUCAACAUGACGGCUGCUAAGGGUGUGGCGGGGCGCCCCCUAGACCCGGCCAUGUGCGCCCACUUCCCCUACUCCAACGCCACCUGGCCCUUCCCUGACACUUUGGGCAACGACAUCAAUGCUCCUUACCCCUACACUCCUACUCCUUUGCCUCCUGCUCCUGUUCCUGUGCCCUCCCCUCCCGCCCCUGCCCUUUCUCCGCCUACCUCCUCGCCGCCAGCGCCCAUUACUGGUGCUCCUCCCCCAAGCGUCGUGCCUCCAUCCCCCCCAUCUGCCCCUCCUCCUCCCGCUGGCCCUAGCCCCUCUCCUCCUCCCCCCAAGGCUGAAGGGCCGAGUGGAGUCUCUCUCGCUGCUGCGGUUCUGCUGCUGCUGAUGGUUGUGCUCAUGGUGGAGGUAUGA